AUGGCCACCUCAACUCCUUCGGACCUCCCAACUAACAGGAAGACCGCUUGGUCUCGAAAGGUCCUCAUUCCACUAUGGACAUUGCAGAUUGCAGGCGCGCUUUUAACCAUUGGUGGCUGCAUGUGGUACCUGGGCGACUACGAUGGCGAGUUCGGCUUGUCAUAUAGCUAUACCUCGAAUUUGGAAAUACACCAUCUUUCUCGUGCAACAUUCGGAUACGUUUCAGCGGUCAUUCUGAUUUUUCUCUGGGCCAUUGCUCUAGCGAUCAUCGCCUUCCAAAUCGUCAGAUAUCACAGAAAGAAUCUCCCUGCCAAAACGAUGCUCACUUCGCAAUACAUCCUCGGUGUUUUCGCGACUAUCUGCUUCCUGAUCGAGUUCCUUGGACUGUUUGGGAUAAUCCGCGGUGGAUAUAAAACGUUCUACGACUUUCUUGGAGUUGUCAUUGCCACAUUGACUAUCUGGGGCACUAUGAUAUACACCGGUGUCAUUCGUCAUCGACGCAAGCUGGCAAAGAGAGAGUCCAAGAAUACGUAUGGCAUGACGGACUUUGACGGAGAAGCUGGUCCAGGCAAGAACAACGCAAGAGUCGAGGUUGUCAAUUAG